AUGGCGAUGCAAGCAACUACUUGGUUGAAUCAGCUUGAACCUCCCGUACUGGAUUCACUUCGUUUGCUCAACGGCGACAAAAUACCGGUGGACGUGAAAAAUCAUAUAGCAAAUUGGAUCCAGGCCUAUUUGAUCAAAGCACCAGGCUACUACAAUGAUCAGAGUGCUACUCAUGAUAUGUACGAGGAUGCGGUUAUCUUUCUAAAUAAGCUUAUUGAUAAGUUGCGGCACACAGGUGCACUAUGCUCAAAAGACAUCAAUACUGAGCUGAACGGGUUGGCCUGCAUUUUACAAGAUCUGUUUUCAGGCAACCCGGUCAAACUCUAUCAGGAACUGAUAAACUGUUUGCAGCGCAAUCCGUAUCAUUGCAUCAACAUAGAUGCGUUUGACGGGUCCAAGAUGUUCAGAGAACUCGAGCAGCUGAAGGUAAUGAUGAUUCAGCACGAACAUGUCUAUGGUAACAUGAUUCUGGAGCACGGCUAUUUGGCGCAUGAGACAGACGUGCUUCAGAACAUAAAAGCAAUGUUACAUACGGACCAAACGAAGGAGGAAUGCAUGUGCAGACAGUUACAGCUUAUUAACCAACAAAAAAAAGUUAAAGGUCAUUUGCGCACAUUUUCCGACAUGGAAUUUGCUGUGGUGAGUGGAUUUGGAAAGAUGAUACAAAAAACGGCCGAGCUGCAGGAUAAGAUCCUGAAUAAGUAUAUUGAACAGUGGAAACUGAACCAGAGGCUCGCAGGAAUCGGUGCGAUGGCAAAUCUGGAGAGCGAUCUGAACACCAUACAGUUAUGGUGCGAAAGCCUAGCGGAGAUCAUCCUGAGAUUGAAAGAGCAGAUUAUGCAGACAAGUAAUUUAAUUUCGCAAGGUUACGUCGAUCUAAUGGCGCAGGCGAUGAAGAAUGUGGACAAUCUGCUGCAGACGCUCAUCUAUAAAUCUUUUAUCGUGGAACAUCAACCGUCACAAAUUCUUCGGAUGCAUGCACGAUUUGUUACAUCCGUGCGCCUGCUCACCGGGGCUACGUUAUGCAACCGAUUCAAGCCUCUGCAUGUGAGUGUGUCUAUCAUUACCAUAGACCAGGCAAGGCAAGUUCAUUAUGUGAAUGAAGCUACUACAUCCGCUGCCGGUGAAAUCUCGAACAACGUCACUGUCAUGCAGUACCUCGAACCGGUUAAGCGGGUUUCAGCGAUAUUCCCCCAAAUGUGCAUAGAUAAGGUCAGCCGAAUGCAAAUCAAAUCAACCAACAAGAAGCAAAACAAUAAAUGCGUGCUGGAUGAAAAGUUUGUCCUGCUUUAUCAAACUACGAUCGCUACGGAACAGGGCGACCUCGUUCUUCCGGUGCGGACUGUGUCCUGUCCGGUAGUAAUUACCGUCCAUGUAUCGCAGGAGGAAAAAUCAUACGCAACAAUUAUUUGGGAGAAUGUUUUCGCGAAAAAUAUUCAUUCCUCGUUCGAUGUACCAGAGCUAGUGCGCUGGAACUGGCUAGCCGAAAUACUCAGCAUGAAGUUCAGCGUUUUCAGCGGUCUCCACCGUUUGUCGCCAGAACACCUACAUUUUCUGUGCGAAAAAGCAUUAGGAUCGGCAGACAUUCCGUUCCCAACGCCAAACGGCCUUAUCAUAACGUGGUCCCAGUUCUGCAAAAAUGAACUGCUGCCUGGUCGUGGUUAUACCUUUUGGGGAUGGUUUUAUCAAAUGAUGAAGUUGACGCGUGACCACCUUCAGAAGCUGUGGUGCAAUAGCAGGCUCCACUGGUUUAUAACAAAGAGCAAGGCAGAACAAUACCUGAGUGAUUGUGAAACAGGCACAUUCUUGAUGCGUUUUUCCGACUCCGUACCAGGUGGUAUCACCGUCACGUUUGUACGAGAAGACAAUCUUGGUCAGCGCCAGAUUCUGCACAUUGAACCACUUACGGCAAAGGACUUAGCCGUUCGCUCGCUGACUGAUCGUUUACUCGACAUUGAAGUGCUCACCCAUCUGUACCCGAACGUACCAAAGCAUCAAGUGUUUCAACGACGUCCCGUACAGUAUGCUGGCGUAUCCCGUCAGACGAACUAUGUCAAAACGGAGCUGCGCGCCACAUUGAUAUUUUCUCCUGUUGAUCAGCCAAAGAAUGAAGCGUGUACCAACGAACAGGUGCCUAGCAAGCGUGAGUACACCUUUUCCAAUAAUGAUAGCAUGUCGUUUUUUGAACUCGAAACCAUUACCGUGUUAACAGAAAAGGUUUAG